UUUGCAAGUCUGCCUCUUCUCCUGCUGCGCCUGUGUGGGUUCUUGUCGACGCCAGCAAACGGACCUCAACUUCGCACAGAUCCACCGCAGCUAAACACGCGCUGGAGAUCCCUGAGACUUCCCGGGGCUUCCCUUUGGUAACCGGAUUGUGACGGCACAGGAGCUCUGCUGCGCUUCAGCGACUGAGAGGCGACCGCCUAUGAUCCCACUGACCGUCCUGCUGCAUCACAAAGGCGGGAAGGAACCGGAUCCAGGUGCCGGCAGUUGAUCUAACAAGUUGUGUGGAGGAUUCUGGGAGCAGCCCGACUCUAAAAUGCCUGUGGCAACAUCCAGCUCGGACUCUGCCAUGCAUCAGGCUCUGGACACAUUGAGCGACAGCACCAGCUCGACUACAGCUAAUGACCUGGAUCUCAUCUUCCUCAAAGGCAUCAUGGAGAGCCCGGUGGCCCAUGAACACUUUGAGGAACCAAAACUAGAGGCUGUGAGCGAAAACAAUGUGGAGCUGGUCCAGGACAUCCUCAAAGAGCUCGGUCCACUCACAAACAGGAGCCAGGCAGCUGAGGAGCUCGCCCGUAUCCUUAAGGAGCCUCACUUCCAGUCCCUCCUGGAGACCCAUGAUUCUGUGGCAUCCAAAAACUACGAGACCCCUCCUCCGAGCCCCUGCUCCUUCAUGGACGCGGCUCUCAACAAUCAACCCGUUCCACCAGACGCAGUCAGGAUGGUGGGCAUCAGGAAGGUGUCCGGAGAGCACUUGGGAGUGACCUUUCGAGUGGAGAACGGUGAGCUGGUGAUUGCCAGGAUCCUUCACGGCGGUAUGAUCGACCAGCAAGGCCUGCUCCACGUGGGUGACAUCAUCAAGGAGGUGAACGGCAAGGAGGUGGACAAUGACCCCAAAGUGCUCCAGGAGAUGCUGAAGAAGGCAAGCGGCAGUGUGGUGCUGAAGAUCCUGCCAAGCUACCAGGAGCCACACACACCGAGACAGGCCUUUGUAAAAUGCCACUUUGAUUACGACCCCACUCACGAUAACCUGAUUCCCUGCAAGGAGGCAGGCCUCAGCUUCACAAGCGGAGACAUUUUGCAGAUCUUUAACCAGGAAGACCUUAACUGGUGGCAGGCCUGCCACAUAGAAGGAGGCAGCGCAGGCCUCAUUCCGAGUCAGCUUCUUGAGGAGAAGAGGAAAGCUUUUGUGAAGAGGGACAUGGAGCUCGCCACCACAGGUCCUUUGUGUGCAGGAAUGGGGGGCAAGAAGAAAAAGAAGAUGAUGUAUUUAACCACCAAGAAUGCAGAAUUUGAUCGACAUGAGCUGCGGAUCUAUGAGGAGGUUGCCAAAGUUCCUCCCUUCAGGAGGAAGACACUGGUUCUGAUCGGAGCGCAGGGAGUCGGCCGACGCAGUCUGAAGAACAAACUGCUUGUGUCGGAUCCCCAACGCUACGGGACCACCGUACCCUUCACCUCCAGGAAGCCGAAGGUAGAUGAGAGGGAUGGUCAGAUGUAUGGUUUCAUGUCACGGAGUGAGAUGGAGUGUGACAUCAGAAGCGGUCGUUUCCUGGAGCAUGGCGAGUACGACGGCAACUUGUACGGCACCAAGAUCAACUCCAUACAAGAGGUGAUAGAAACAGGAAAGAUCUGCAUCCUGGACGUCAACCCACAGGCCCUGAAAGUCCUGCGGACGUCUGAAUUCCUGCCCUACGUUGUGUUCAUUGAAGCCCCGGACUUUGAAGUCCUCAAAGCUAUGAAUAGGUCAGCAAUUGAAUCGGGAGUUGUCACAAAACAGUUGACGGACUCUGAACUAAAGAGGACAGUGGACGAGAGCGAGCGCAUAAAGAGGGCCUACGGACAUUACUUUGAUCUCUGCAUUGUGAACGAUGGUUUGGAGGCGGCCUUCCGAAGCCUCCGGCUGGCUCUGGAGAAGCUCUCCAUGGAGCAUCAGUGGGUGCCGGUCAGCUGGGUGUUCUGAGCAUCAUCGGCAAAGAGUCGGAGUCGGAGUCCGAGGACAUUUUGCUAUUGAAGCGGAGGGAGCCGUGCAUCAGAACUCAGCACAAGGGACCAGCCUCAUGAGCAUUUUUGUACAAACUAAGUGUUCCUCUGUUCAGUCUAAUGUCAAGUUGUGAUUAAGUUCUCAAAACUGGGUGUUUGUUGAGGAGACUUUAGAGUUGAUGAUGAGGUGUAGUGCAAUUGUGAGAUCAUAGACACGUGGACAGUAAACAGUUGGACUUUUAUUUGGAGGGACAGUUUUAGCCUUCACAAAUCUUAAAUACUUUAUGUAGUGUAAUGUUUACAUUGGUUCUGUAGGAAGGGUUGAGGAUAGUUAUCAAAUUUGUUUUGAAAACUUAAUAUUUUGCCAUUUGAUCACAUUUUAUGAUUGUACAUGUUCAGAAAUGUGCUUAAUCUAUGUCAACACAGAUCUAAAAAAACCUAAAUGGCAAUAGUAACUGAAACAUACAUGCAAUACAUUUACUGACGCACUCUAAAGUGAACACACAUUUCUGUUUUCGGGAACAGUGGAAGACGUUGUUGCCGAGACAAUUCUUUUUCAUGAUUUUUAGUUCUUUUUGAAUGUUGAUCCCUGUAUGUUUGUUUCUCCUGACAGUUAGAGGAUUUAGCAAAUGGACCAAUCUGUUGCAUCUGAACGUUUCUGUUUGAGUUUUACCUGUAGCACCAAUAACAAUCAAACCCCGUCAGGAAGCCAGAAUAAUCCAGUUUAGUAGCCGUGAUGCAUUAUUUGCAGUGUUUACCGAAGGGAAAACAU